UUUGCCUACUGUCAAGCACUUUGCAACCCAAGAACAAAAGGGUUUUCUCUCUCUCUCUCUCUCUCUUCACAUUACCCUUUAGGGCUUCUCUCUCAUUGGAACACAGAUUCAGAAUCCAAGCUCCCCCAUUCUCAUUCUCUUCUUUUAAACACACUUACCUCAUUCUAUUUCAACUCGGUGGGUCAACUCAGCUCUUCUUAUCUCCGACAACGCCGUUUCCCCCGAGUGAGUUUUACCUCGUCCUCUCUCUUACUUUGUCCCCUCAAAACCCUUUCUUUUUUGUAUUUUGUUCCGUUUUAUUUUCGAUUGCCUAGUGCAAUCUCGUGUCUUUCUAGUUUGGUGUGAGUUUUGGUGAAGUUAGCGAUGCAAAAUUUUCAAUGUUCGCUUCCGGGUUAAUCUGAACACCAGUUUUAGAUGAUUCCGAUGGAAAAUAGCAACAAAUAAGGGGAACAAAUAAAAGAAAAGAAAAAACCUGAUCUUGAUCAGUUUACACACUGUUAUUUGAGCGUGUGAUAAGGGUUUUUGGAAUUUGAAUGGCUGGUUCUGGGAAUGGUAAUGUUGAUAGUAGGGUUGAUAAUUUGAUUAGUGCUAGGAAGUCAUUGAAGCUUAGCCUAGAGAAAUCAAAGUCAUUGGGGUUGGCUUUAGAGAAAGCAGGGCCAAGAUUGGAGGAGAUUAGGCACAGGUUGCCUUCACUUGAAUCUGCUGUUAGGCCCAUUCUAGCGGAGAAGGAUGCACUUGUGGCCGUUGGUGGCCACAUCAAUCGAGCCGUUGGCCCGGCCGCCGCCGUGCUUAAGGUUUUUGAUGCUGUUCAUGGCCUUGAGAAGUCACUCUUGUCCGAUCCAAGAAACGACCUCUUUGGCUACUUGUCCGUGUUGAAGCGCCUUGAAGAGGCGCUGAGGUUCUUGGGAGACAACUGUGGCUUAGCAAUUCAAUGGUUGGAGGAUAUAGUGGAGUACUUGGAGGAUAACUCUGUUGCAGAUCAAAUGUAUCUCUCGAAUUUGAAGAAGGCGUUGAAGAGUCUUCGGGAAUCACAAACCGGCGAGCUGGAUGGCGGGCUCUUAGAAGCUGCGUUUGAUAAAUUGGAGAAUGAGUUCAGGCAGCUCUUGACGGAAAACAGCGUGCCUCUUCCUAUGUUGUCGUCGUCUUCCCUUGAUGAUCAAGCGUGCAUUGCCCCUUCGCCUUUGCCGGUGUCUGUUAUUCAAAAGUUGCAACUUAUUCUUGGUAGAUUAGUAGCUAAUGAUAGACUUGACAGGUGCAUAUCAAUUUAUGUUGAAGUCCGUAGUUCUAAUGUGAGAGCGAGUUUACAGGCUCUCAAUUUGGAUUACCUAGAGAUCUCGGUUUCCGAAUUCAAUGAUGUGCAGAGCAUAGAGGGGUAUAUAGCUCAGUGGGGAAAGCAUUUAGAGUUUGCAGUGAAACACUUGUUUGAGGCUGAGUAUAAGCUUUGUAGUGAUGUGUUUGAGAAGAUUGGAUUGGAUGUUCGGAUGGGUUGCUUUUCAAAGAUAGCUGCACAGGCCGGUAUACUUGCAUUUCUUCAAUUUGGGAUGACUGUUUCAGAGAGUAAGAAAGAUCCCAUUAAACUUUUAAAGUUGUUGGAUAUUUUUGCAUCUUUGAACAAAUUGAGACUGGAUUUUAACCGACUUUUUGGCGGAGCAGCAUGUGUUGAAAUCCAGAAUUUGACAAGGGAUCUUAUUAAAAGAGUGAUUGAGGGGGCAGCAGAGAUUUUCUGGGAACUUCUGGUUCAGGUAGAGAUACAGAGGAAGAACCCACCCCCUCAAGAUGGCAAUGUCCCAAGAUUGGUGAGCUUUAUCGCUGAUUACUGUAACAAACUCCUAGGAGAGGAUUACAAGCCAAUAUUGACUCAAGUUCUGAUCAUUCAUCGAAGUUGGAAGCGUCAAAGCUUUCAGGAGGGACUCCUUGUUAAUGAGCUUUUAAACAUAAUGAAAGCUGUGGAAUUAAAUUUGGAGACUUGGAUCAAGGCAUAUGAUGAUCCUAUGCUGUCCAACUUUUUUGCUAUGAACAAUCACUGGCAUCUGUACAAGCACUUGAAAGGGACAAAACUUGGGGAUCUUUUGGGGGAUUCUUGGUUAAGAGAACAUGAUCAAUAUAAGGACUAUUACUCUGCAAUCUUUUUGCGAGACAGCUGGGGAAAGCUUCCUGGACAUUUGAGUAGAGAAGGGCUGAUUCUUUUCUCAGGAGGGCGUGCCACUGCUCGUGAUCUGGUCAAGAAAAGGUUGAAAAAGUUCAAUGAAGUUUUCGAUGAGAUGUAUACAAAGCAGUCAGGUUGGAUCAUGCCGGAAAGAGAUCUGAGAGAGAAGACAUGUCAGCUUAUAGUGCAAGCUGUGGUGCCUGUUUACCGGAGUUAUAUGCAGAAUUAUGGUCCCUUGGUUGAGCAAGAUGAUAGCUCCACAAAAUAUGCAAAAUACACGGUGCAGAAGCUGGAGGAAAUGCUUUUAUGUCUUUAUCGGCCAAAGCCUGUACGACAUGGCAGUUUGAUAGGUAGGCAGUUUAGUGCAAAAUAUGGCAAUGGAAUACCCGAUCUUCGUCGAACAGCCUCUGCAGUUGUGUAAUUCCCUAAUUCUAUAUUUUCUAAAGAUCUCAUCAUUGAUAAUCUCUCCCAACUCGUCAAAUGGAUGGAUACUGUAUAUAAUUUUCCUGAGCCCUGCAGUGCAUAAUAUAGGCGUUACUUGGAUUAUGUGAAGGAACUUUCUGAGCACUACCGUUCAAAUAUCUGAUGCAUUUCCAUGAAAGUGAAGUUUUGUUUCUCUUCUGAGGUGAAAAACUGGCUAUUAUCUUCCCCUUCCCCCCACAGAGGUUUCUGCAAAAACUAUGCCAUCUCUAAAGAGUACUGUAAGUUAUGUGCUUUUGAUUAAUAAGUAUGGACCUUUCCAAUGAGGUUCAUUGGUCAUACUCCCAACUAAAGUAAUUUUUUUCAAUCUUUAUUUUUAUCCAUGCAGUUGUUUGUAGCAGCAAGAUCGUUGUAAUAUGCAGACUUUAUGUACAAUUUUUAGUAUGCAUGGAUUUAGAAGUCUACAUUAACAGAACA